GGCAAAUCGUCGAAUUAGAUGAUUGAGUCGAGCGUAGCUCGAAUAUCGGCCUAUGCGGCCGAGAUGAGAAUAAAGACGGCCUUGGAGGCCGAACAAUAUAUAGGAACGGCAAAGGAAGCCGAAUAUGAAGAAAUUUGCAAACCGGAGGAGUGCCUAGACUUGGAUCAUUUUAAUGAAGACAGAUCAGAGCCGGUUCUUGAUUGUAUAUAUGAUGAUGAACCCCUUGGAUUCGAGCAAUCUUUAGAUCCCAUGUUAAAAAUGCAGGCUCAGGAUCCUUUGCAGGAGGUUGAUUUAGGAGAUGGGACCAAGAAAAGGCCGACGUAUGUAAGUUCGUUGAUCGAUUCGGGUUUUAAGAAUCGGAUUGUUAGUUUGUUGCAGGAAUACAAAGAUUGCUUCGCAUGGGAUUAUGACGAAAUGCCGGGUUUAAGCCGGGAGUUAGUGGAGUUGAAGUUACCAAUUCGGCCUGGUAGGAAACCAGUGAAGCAAGCCCCAAGGAGAUUCGCCCCGGAGGUGUUCUCAAAGAUAAAAGAGGAAGUGGAGCGCUUACUUGGAGCAAAGUUCAUACGAACAGCCAGAGGAUGAUGUGUCGAAGACUGCAUUUCGGUGUCCAGGGGCACUAGGAACAUAUGAAUGGGUGGUGAUGCCGUUCGGUCUUAAAAAUGCCGGUGCAACUUAUC